UCUGUCCUUUCGUGUCACAAAACAGCAUCUAGUCUCCAAGCAACUGAAGACACUGACUGCAUUCUCCUAUUUUCACAUUGUCAUCUGUAUACAAACUGAACCGAAGGAAAACGAGGAAGUGUGCAAUAAGCUGUCGUUGCUGUAGGGACCAUGACGAGUGAUGUAGCGCGUGACAAGGCGGCCCGUCUGCUAAAAAAGCAGGGGUCAAUGUCUUCUUUGGCCAGUAGUGAUGUUCACAGAGGCAAAAAUCUGGGUCUACCUGUAGAAAAAAGUAUAGACAAAAGUCUACCAGGAGAAUGUUCUAUGAGUACUGUUUCUUUCACCGAUGACCCAGGUCAUGAUGACCAUUACCGACCACCGGUCAAAUACGAAAACUCAUACCAGACAACACCCAAUCAGAAGUUUCCUACUGCCAAAAUCCGAUACAUCAUUAGUGAUGUUCUUGAAAGUUGCCUUCGCCAUGAAAAGUAUGAGCCCGAGCUGUGUCGACAACUCUCAAAGACCACGUCAGAGAUCAUCAAGACACGGGUGAGAGAAAUGAACAUCCCUCGUUUUAAGAUCAUCUGUCUCGUCCACAUAGGCCAGCUCAACAACCAGGGUCUCCGCAUCGGUAGUCGGUGUUUGUGGGACUCGACGUGCGACACCUUCUCUUCCUAUGAAUUCCGCAACAAUAAGUUAUUUGCCAUAGGUUCAGUUUACGGGGUAUAUUUUGAAUAAAUUAGGUUGUUAGGAAAUUUUAGGGGAGUUCAUGUUCAACUCAAUAUAACAGUUUAUAUAUUUGCAAUUAAUUUCAAUAAUUUGACUUUUGUUUGGCAGUUAAAUACUGGUUAUAUUCACCUACAAGAUGGAGAAGAGAAAAGAAAAAUUCAUCAAAUUAAUUUUCAACAGGAGUAUUUUGCUUCAAUGAUAAGUUUGAAGAUUUGAAUAUCAAUAUAUAAACUGUAUAUUUAUGAAUUUGUGAAGAAUGUUAAUGAGACAACUGUGGUGACAGUUAUUACAUUUGUAUUACAUUAGCAAUAAAAUUCUCCUGAUCUAGUAAUUGGGAGUAUUGUCCCACUUUUCAUCAAAACAACUAUGUGCAAUAGUGUUUUGCUGAAUUUCAUGGACACUUGUUUUGACCAUGAAUAUACAAUUAUGUAUGAAUGUGAAUGUAUUAUGGAGAUGUAGGUUUUAUAUUUUCACCAAUGUUUCUAUAUAACUUAAUUAAAUGGCAAAGAAUAUCAGAAAGGUAAAAAUUUUAAUUUUCAUUGUUUGAUUCCAAAUAUCAUUGAAUUAAUUUAACUGAUAAAACAUUAAUACAUCAUAGUUAUUUUCUUAAUCAAUUUUUUAAAUUCCAAUAAAUACAAAUUGUGUACAUGUAUAUUGUACUACCAGAUAAAUUUAAUUCAAAAUACCAGAAUGCAGAGCCCUAUAGUUAUCACCCUGUCUGUAUGUGAAUCUUUACAGAUUCACUAUCAUGUUUUCCUGGUGAUUACUGGGGAUAAAAAUCUAGCCAGACACAUAGAGGCACGGUCCUUGAUGACAUCUCAGAUUUCUUUUAAAAACAAUUAGUACAGUUUACAAUUGUUGUCACUAGUGAUGAUGCAAUUUUUGGUAUUGACCAAUCAGAAUGGUACUUUCUAUUCUCUGCGUUGUUUCUGUUCAUAUUUUUGCUGCACCUUUGCUGGAUCCAUUUCAGAUUUUAAUGAAGUAAAUACUAGAUACAAAUUUUCUAAAAAAAACUAACCAGGUAACAUUAUCUUUCAAGCUAAAUGUUAUUAGAAUAAAAACUCAAAGUUUAUGCCUAUAUAUUACAAUAUUCAGAAAACUGUAAACAUCUCUAUGUACUGAUCAAAUGUCAUUUGGCCAUUUUUUAUGUCGCCUGUAUUAUUAAGUAUAAAGCCUGAUAGUGAACAAUAUUGUAAGUCAUCAGGAGAUACUAAGCUUACCAACACAGUAUAUUUUUAAUUUAGUGCUAAUUAAGGAAGGAUAACUCUUAAUGCCAACUUAUCUUUAUACUCACCGUUAAUGACGUCGUUUAUUAGUCUUUGACUACUAUUCAUAAUAAGGGUUAAUCUCGUAUUGUAUGGUUUUAGAAAAAAAUAGCUGUUACCUUUUUAAAAAUAGACCUAUGCACCAUAUUCAAACUAAUAUGCGUUCUGGACAAUUGGAAUCAGGGAAGAUUUGAAUGAUUUCACAAUCUUCUAAAAUGAAAUAGUUGUAUAAAUGUACAUUGUCUUUAGUAGAUUGCUGAUUGUUUCUUGUGAGUUAAAUUACAAUUUCAUUCACAUGUUGGUAUGCAUUGUCUACGAAUAAAGUCAUACUGUUAUGAAUAAACUUUGGUAUAUCACAACCAGUACAGGAUUUAAGCGAGACAUAUUUCAGCUAGUAAUUACACUCUGUCAUCAUCUUCGGACAAAGGACAAGUUAGUCAUAAUAUUAUGAAAUAAGGGGGGAGGGGCAAUUUUUAGGUUGAACAGGUUGAAUGUAUGUUGUGUAUAAAUUUAUAUUAAAAGAAUUUUGAAGCUACAACUACCAAGAACCCGUUUAAAAGAAGUGCUAUCUCUUAAUACAUGUACACAAGUUAUGAUUGGGUCAUGUAGAUCAUUGAUGAACUUUUUUGAUCUGUAAAAUUUAACAUGCCAUAUAUACGAGUGUGUUUGUCGUACUGUCGGUCUUCAUUCUCACACAAAAAAUUAUACAUUUGCCUCCAGAGAUGAGUUUGUAACCAAUAUUUUGAGUCAGAAUGAAGCACAAACAGUACAUGUGUGACAGUAAAUUAUGAUUUUUGAUGAUUUAAACGUGUUCACUAUCGGUAGAUAUUUUUUGUCAAUUUUUACUCCAUUGUUUGGUGGGUUUUCUAUCAAUACAUUUUCCCCCUCUGUUAUAUAUAUAUAUAUAUUGCUAUUUAUUCACUGCUUAGAUCAAUGUUUCUAUUUUACACACUUAGUUGUCUUUUUUGGACAAGCAUCUUACAUCAAAUAAGUUUUCCUCGAUUAAUCAGAGUUUGUAAGAAAAUUCCAGAAUUUUUAUCUCAGUUUGUAGGUAGAAUUUUUUUUCACAUUUUCUUAUUUCUUUAUUUUUAUGCUUAUGUGGGUUUCUAUGGUUCUAUGUAAAAUCAUUGUGAUCUUGUAUAGAUGAAGGGGAUCUAUUUACAUCUGAAAAUAAUUAUAUUUAAUGUCUACAAUAUCAGACUCGGUGGAACUCUUGUUAGACUUGCAAUUUCCUUACAGUCGCCAUGCAUUGGAAUUAAUUUUUGUUAAAAAUUUUUAAUUUCUUUAAUAUAUUUUUUGGUUAAUUAUCCUCUAUUUUUCAAAUACAGAUUAAUGAAACAGGUCAGUUAAUUACAUGUGUGAAAGUAAAUUGUAGGUCUCUUACUCUGGACAGGGAUACUCACAGUUAUACUGAUGUGAGAUUGACUUUUCUCUUACCCUGGACAGGGACAUCCGCAAUUUUACCGGUGUGAGAUUUCCUUUCUCUCACCCUAGGGAAAAAAUAAGCUACACAUGCUCUUUGCAUAAUCUCAAGAAUUGUAUUUUGUCACGUCAACAAUACCAUGACGUCACGUCGACAAUUCAAUCAUGUUUUGUCAACAUUCCCUGCAUUGAUGUAACGUCCAUAUCAGAUACAUAAGAGGGUAAAAAGGGUUAGAGAAAAUAAUCAUUCACCCCUUAGAAAUGAGACGGGGAAAUCUCAACCCUCAGGGGUUAGAUACCUAAGCUGCCAAACAUGAGGCUUACCAACUUAAGAAUCUUCCCCCUCGGCUUGAAAUCACCCUGUCUCACCCCCCUAAGGGGUGAAAUGUUAUUUUAGUCCCGCCCAACUCCAGAUUGACAAGGUUCCACUGUACAAGCAGAGUAUGAUGUUUGACUACUGGUGAUGGUAUCUAGUGUAACAGUAUUAUUUUAUCAUGAGAUGAAAACUUUUUGAUGGUUUUUUUUUUAUCUUGUAUACUUUUUGCUCCUGAUACAAUCAAUGUAAUCAAAAUGGGUUUACUAUGUUGUGUUUUAUAAGUGCCUGUAGGUAAUACAAUGUACAUAUCGCUAUCUCAAAUGUUUUCUAUAAUCUCUCAACUAUGCAUCAAUGUAACUCAAUCUAUUUGUCUAUUCUGUUUUCUGAUCUUAUUUCAAAUAAUUUCUUUUUACAUAGUUUUAUAAACUUCCAACAUUGUUCAUGGGUAGAACAGGAUUAUGAAAAUGUUAGGAUUUUUUGUGAUAUAGUAUGUUGAUCGCAUUAGUACAUGAAGCAUUUAACUACUGUGAUAAUUGUGUUCAGAAAAAUCAGUGAAAUAAAGAAAGUUAAAAUAAAAUUUGACCAGUAAAGUCUCCAUGAAAUUUUUAAUCAUGUAUGAAAAAUGAUUCCUGAAUGGUUGGAAGUCUCUUUAAUUCCUAAUGGCAUUUGUUGGUUGUCUGUCAUGUUUCUGAUGUCUACAAGUUUAUGUUUUUAUACCUAUACUAAUUUACCUGGUAUAUUAGAUGACUAUUCUACAAUGUUAUACGUAUAUUCACCAUCAUUUUGUCUGUGAUCCUGUGAUAACACUGUUUAGUGUAACAUAUACCCAAAACUUCUGUACCAUACAUCCAUGUUGUAUGUUAAAAAGUGGGAGAGCAUUUUCCAUCUUAUUUAUUUGAUAUGAAUCUGUUUUGAAAUAUAUACUUUUUCCUAUAAUAUAUAUACAAUAUAUUAGUAUGUACAUUAUAUUACACUGAUAUUUUAAUUUAUCCACUUGCACAAUCAAUAAGAAAUAUGUUCAUAAUCUUUAAUUUAAUUAGAUUAUAAUAAUGUACUGCUGAUUAAAAAAACAGACCUUGCAGAAUUACAAUUGAUCAGUAAUGGCCGAAGAAUAUCACCAAUUACAAUAUUUUACUGGUAUGGAAGUUGCUUUAUAAUCAUAGUAGUACCUGUGUUUUCACAGCAUUUAAACAGAUGUUAACAACAAUUCUAAACCAAAGAAAAUGCCACGUAUGCUCAUCUUACAACGAAUAUUACUCAACGAAAGUGGCUGGAGACAAAAACAAAUGUAUGGCCAGACUAUUGGGCAGUAUUUGAUUUGAUUCACCCGGCUUUAGGAACUCAUGUUAAUAUUCCAGGAAUGUGGAUCUUUUUCUUGAUUCUGCUGAUUUAGUAUUAAAUAUUUUGCUGAUUUAGGAAGAAGAUAGGUUGCACAUACAGUCUCUAUUUUACAUGGGUCAAGUGUUAUUGAUAGAACACACUAGUGUCGGAGUGGAGUGGUAGAUUUUGUCUUGUUCAUCUCCCACCAAAAUCUUUUCUCUUGCUUAUAGUCAGAGAACACAGUUUAAUAAAAUGACAAUUACCAAA